CGCGGUCCUCAAAGCUUGUUUAAUUGCCGCCACUCUUGCGGUUUAUCUGGUGGUUAUUUGGCCGUAAUAGAGGUGUAUUUAUCUUCAACUACUCCUUACGCGUGUGGAGGUGCAAGUUAUAUUUGCAUAGAGUGAGUAUCCCCCACGCAACGUGGUUUUGGCCGAGUCGACUUCCGGCAUGGAGAUGAACAAGGGAGAGGCCGAGAAAUGCCUCGAAAUCGGCAAAAAGCACUUGCGUCUUGGUAAUUGGGAUAAGGCCAUCAAGUUCUUCGAAAAAUCGCAUCGUAUGUAUCCACUGCCGGGUGUGGAGGCGAUGCGCGAUCGAGCAAAGGCAGAGAUGGAGAAGGAGGCGACACCCAGCGCACAGCCCACGUCGCCACGUGGCGCUGCGCCAUCUAGUGCGGGAAUGCGGCACCGAACAGCUCCAGCUGCACCGUCGAGAUCGCCAUCCUCGGAGCCCUCUCGGCCAUACACGGCCGAUCAGCUGCAGAUGGUGCGCAAGAUCAAGGCCUGCAAGAACCAUUACGAGGUGCUGGCUGUGCAGCAGACUGCCACAGAGAAUGAGGUCAAGAAAGCGUACCGCAAGCUGGCUCUGAAGCUGCAUCCGGACAAGAACAGCGCGCCGGGAGCGGAGGAUGCGUUUAAGGCGGUAGGAAAGGCGUUUGCGGUUUUGAGCGACCCUGACAAGCGCGCACAUUAUGACCGCUAUGGCGACGAUGCACCAGUGCACCAGCAGCAACCCCAGGGACGCAGAUACGCCCAGGAAGAGGAUAUCACUCCGGAAGAGAUUUUCAACAUGUUUUUCGGCGGCGGCUUCCGUCCACGUGGACGCCGGCCACAGCAGCAGCAAGCCCGUGGACAUCAGCAGGAACCGCGUGGUGGCAUGGCGAAUCUGGCUCAGUUCCUUCCGCUGUUGCUGAUCUUCGUAAUGUCGCUGCUCUCGAUCCCGUCGACCCCCGAGAUGCCGUUUAGCUUAAACCCGACCCCACAGUUUAACGUCCAGCGUGCGACGCAGAUGGCCAAUGUGGUCAAGGGUAUCCCGUACUACGUAGAGCGCGAUUUUGAACAGCGGUAUACUACCCACUGGCGUGAUCUCUCACGAGUAGAGCAAAUGGUGGAACAGGCACAUGUAUCCAAGCUGUCGGAGAGCUGCGAGAAUCUUAAACUGCGUCAGAAACGGAUGAUCUAUCGAGCUCGUAACUCUCGCAGCGAAGACCGCGAAGCUGCCAUGCGUAGGGCGCUGGAAAUGAAGAUGCCUCCGUGCGAUGAGCUACGUAAACUCCGACGAACGCGGCGUUAUUGA